ACUUUCUUUGAGCGGCUCGGUGGCAACGAAAAAGAUACUUUUUUCCCCGUCCCCCGCGUUCCCUCUUGAACUUUCCUCCCUUCAGGUAUCCGUAUCCGAAAGACAGUUAUGACGAUGGGCACGACCACCCGACUCGCACUUGCCAGAUGACAGUUUUGGAGCGAUUGCCAAAUGUCAUGUUAGCCUGGGCUUUCACAUGGCAUGGGAAAACUACGCGGGGCCGGGAGGAACAGCCCAGCUGGCGGGCUUGCGGCCUACAUGAAUGGGCGGCUUCGCCUUGCUCGUCGCAUGUUUUAUUUCUGGACGUUACCAUGCACCCUGCGUUAGUAGUUUUACCCCCGCACGCACCCACGCUGUGCGAGUGCGAGUGCGAGUGUCAAAGUCAAGGCAGACUUCUUCUGGGCCGUCACGGCAAGAAUUUGACACUGCACUGGUACGUUGCAAGAAAUGCGUGUUUGCUCUACAAAGAGACCGAAUACAGAGAGACGCGCCCGUUAAAUCCUCAGAGAUCGAACAUACCGCUGCUUGGCAUCCUUUUCUGAUCUCGUCAGUCCAACGAGAAUCGAGACGGACACACUUGACACGCGUCGAACUCCACCUUGUUCGUUGGCGCUCUCUGUGCCGCUGCAUACGCAGUGUCAUACGCUUUGCUGUUAAGGAAUACCCCGACCACAUUUGGGUCAAGGCCGGAAAGCGCCUGGCGCUGACAGCGGGAGCCGGGUACCGUCCUAACACAGUUCCAGAGCCUCGCCGCAUCUCUUUCCCUUCUGAACAUGACGCCGUUCCCCGGACCGUGUGGCACAUUUGCUGUGCCAGCCAGACAGAGGCGAGCCCGAUGGCUAGUGCAAAUAAUAAUUGGAAAGCUAGAAAUUGAUCGUUUUGGGCACAGGAAGUUUUGUGUGGGGCUCUGCACUUGGGUCCACGUCCUGGAGAACAUUGGGCGUGACCCGCAUUUUCUCGUCUGCCUUAUCGGCCAUCUCAAGUUUCGAGGGAUGAUGGAGGGGGCAAGCAAACUUAAAACUCAGAAACAACCUCCCCGCCACAUAUGUAUUCUUGAAAAUUGCUAGCCUUGUUCGAUAAUCGCAGAAUCGCCAAGUAACUACAGUGGGCUUAUACCACAUUCCCAGCCUCCUUCAUAAGCUUAUCAGGAUCGAUAAAUGCUUGUCGAGAGCUAUG